GUCGAUUGUCAACAUUCAGUACGAUCAGACUCAUUAGGUUAAUUUUAGUUACAAAGAUCUUAGUUUUAUUUUUAAAAAGUACAAUAUACAGACUUUAUUAACAAAAUGACUACGUUCAAGCAAGUUCCUCUCACAUGUGGUGGCCAUACUAGACCAGUCGUACACUUGGAUUUUAGUGACGUUACAAAGGAUGGAUAUUAUUUGAUUUCUGCCUGCAAAGAUGGUAAGCCUAUGUUGCGGCAAGGUGAAACAGGAGACUGGAUUGGUACAUUUGAGGGUCAUAAAGGAGCCGUGUGGGGGGUAGCGCUGACACAAAAUGCUAAUUUAGCUGCUAGUGGGGCAGCAGACUUCUCAGCUAAAUUAUGGGAUGCCCGGUAUGGUGAGGUUGUUCACACAUUUGACCAUGAGCAUAUAGUGAAGAGUGUGAAUUUUAAUUCUGAUGACACCAUGCUCCUCACAGCUAGUAACGAGAAACUCAUACGAGUAUUCGACCUGAACAAACCCGAAGCUGGACCUGUAGAGAAGUUCAACGCGCACACAAACAGCAUAAGGCAUGCGGUCUUCCUCCACAACUCCCGUAUCGUCAGUGUCAGUGACGACCUCACAUUGCGCGUAUGGGAUCGUAAUAGUGGACAGGAGGUGCAUAAAAUUGAAUUUCCAAGCAUUCCAAAUAGCUUAGAAUUGUCCAGAGAUGGAGCCAUAUUGACUGUUGCUUAUGGUUCAAACGUUGCGUUCUACACUUCGGACUCGAUGCGCAAGAUGCGCGAGUUCCCCGUGCCAACUACGUGUUUCUCCGCAUCGCUGGCGCCGAGCCGGGCCACCUUCGUCUGCGGCGGCGACGACCUCAAAGUCUACAAGUUCGACUUCAAUACCGGCACUGAGCUGGAAUCGAACAAGGGACACUUCGGUCCAGUUCACUGCGUGCGAUGGUCUCCAGACGGGGAACUUUACGCGACGAGUUCCGAAGAUGGCACCGUUCGUCUAUGGCAGGGGGUGCCCGGCCGUGUCUAUGGUCUGUGGAGACGCACCAACGACCAUCAGCCUAUGGCUAACGGGUUCAAGGAGGUUGCCGCCAACUGACCCGCGUCUGCCACUCGCCAGGACAAUGAAGAGAGUGAGUGCGAUUCAUACUGAUUCGUUUCGGUACCCCACUGGCGGCAGCGGUCACCGGAAUAUGUGUCUUUUGGACUUGAGAAAGUUAACCUGACAAUCAAGACUUUAUAUUUAAAAACGUCGACAGUG